AUCUUUCCCUCAUGUCGUUUUAUUUCUCUUACUGUCUUCUUAGAACAUAAUAUAGAUAAGCUCUUCUUCACCUUUUGCUUCCAUAACAGUAUACCUAAUGAUUAGGUCAAUUUCGAUUUAAAUCAAUUCGAAUUUUAAAAUUUUCUGAGUUAUUUCAAUUCCGCAUAGAGUUUAUAUAAAUAUGUUAAGUAAUAGUAACAUACAAACAGCAGCUUUGUAAUAUAGCCAUGGAUGUGGCUUUGAAGCUCUACAUUGGUUUCUUUCUCUUAUACAUGUUGUCUUUGGAACAAAGCUUGGCUAAUAAUUCAUCUUCAUUUCCUUCCAAUUUUUUCUUUGGAACAAGCUCUUCUGCUUAUCAGUAUGAAGGUGCUUAUUUGGCUGAUGGUAAAGGUUUAAACAAUUGGGAUGUCUAUUCCCACAAACCAGGAAAUUUGAUUGUUGAUGGAAGCAAUGCAGACAUAGCAGUGGACCACUAUCAUAGGUAUUUGGAAGACAUUGAUCUCAUGCAUUCCCUUGGUGUCAAUAGCUAUAGGUUCUCCAUUUCUUGGGCCAGAAUUUUACCAAAAGGGAGAUUUGGUGAAAUCAAUGAAGCUGGUAUCAAGUUCUACAAUAACUUAAUUGAUGGUCUCCUACUUAAAGGGACUGAACCAUUUAUAACAUUGACCCACAUCGAUUUUCCUCAAGAACUCGAAGACCGAUAUGGAAGUUGGCUAAGUCCGGAGUCGCAGGAGGAUUUUGCAUAUUAUGCAGAUAUCUGUUUUAAGUCCUUUGGAGACAGGGUAAAGUAUUGGGUCACGUUCAAUGAGCCCAGUUUCCAAGUCAAGUUGGGGUACCAAGCCGGUACGUUUCCACCGUCGCGUUGCUCCAAGCCGUUCGGUAAUUGUACCUACGGUGAUUCGGAGAAGGAGCCUUUUAUAGCAGCCCAUAAUAUCAUCCUAGCACAUAUAGCAGCUGUUCAUAUUUAUAGAACCAAAUACCAGGCGACGCAAGGCGGUAGCAUUGGUAUUGUCUUGCAUUGCUUUUGGUACGAACCAAUCAGCAACUCGGUAGCUGAUAAGCUUGCAGCCGAAAGAGCACAAUCUUUCUCUAUCAACUGGUUCCUAGACCCGAUCAUAUUCGGAAGAUAUCCUCAAGAAAUGCAAGACAUAUUAGGAUCUAUUUUACCCGAAUUUUCAAAAACCGAGAAGCAGAAGUUGAACAAAGGGCUUGAUUUCAUCGGAAUCAAUCACUACACAAGUUUCUACGUCCGGGAUUGUAUGCUCACCACAUGCGAACCGGGAAAAGGUACCUCGAAGACGGAAGGAUAUUGGGCUCAAAGCUCACAGAAAAAUGGCAUCGACAUAGGAGAACCUACCGAGUUAGCCGGGAUGAAUGUUUAUCCCCAAGGAAUGGAGAAGAUUGUAACUUAUCUUAAAGACCGAUACCAUAACGUACCGAUGAUCAUUACCGAAAACGGAUAUGGUGAUAUGAAUAAACCAAAUUCCACCACUGAAUCACUUUUACACGAUGUCGAACGAAUCAAGUACUUGGCCGGAUAUUUGGACGCACUAUCAACAGCAAUCAAGAAAGGAGCAGAUGUAAGGGGUUACUUUGUUUGGUCUCUGCUAGACAACUUUGAAUGGAAUGAUGGAUAUACGAUUCGAUUCGGACUUCACCAUGUCGAUUACAAGACGCUUCGGAGAACUCCGAAAUCUUCAGCAACUUGGUACAGAAACUUCAUCUCGCAGCAUAUAGUAAAAGACUAAAAAACAUUACAUGUUCUGUAAUAAUGUCGUGGAUUAGACAAGAUUAUGUUAUAGGUUUAAUUGUAAUAAAUAAAACCAGGGACUAAAAUAUUGGUCCUGUCUGGUUAUGAUAUAUUGUUCAAUUCUGGUAUAUCAGAAGAAUAUAUUUCAAUCCUAUUGCUUUCUUGCUGUAUAUCCUAGCAGAUUCCUGAUUGAACUGUCAAAGAUAAAAUCAGGUUAUUUAA